GAUGAAACGAUUUCCCAAUAGUUGACACCUGAGAACAACCAAGUAGCUCUAGACCCUAAUGAGUCAGUGCCUGUUGAGAAUAAUCAAGAAUCAAUGAUAUCAAAUCCUCAAGGUGCAACCGUAGAUGGUGCUGCCAUACCAAUUCCUCCGGAAAAAGCUCAGCAGGAUGGAUGGAAAAAUCGAACUAUUGAUAAUUUUAAUGAUGAUUUCAUAUACAGUACUCUAGAAUUGAUGGCAUUUCGUCAUGACAACCCAUAUUUAGGUAAUGUAUUUGGUAUCCAACAAUACAACAUCGUAAUCCAAAAUCAAAUUAUGCAGCUUUCAACAACUAAAAAUUUGGAAAAACAAUUGAAUGAUAUAAUCAUAAGCUAUAACAGCUUAAAUGAACUUAUAACGGGUAAAUAUAAAGAUUAUACAAUAGAGGAUAUAAAGAUUGUGAAUGAAGUUUUGAAGGGUGCCUGUGGUGGUGUUGAGAAGGUGCCAAAAAACUGCUCUUGCAACGAGAUGAUUCAGAGCAAAUAUAAUCGCUUUCACCAAACUGGGACCGAACACAGCAUAACAAACACCGCUUUUCGUGCACGGGCAGGUAAAAAUAGCAGUGGGCACAUCCGGACGCAGUGCCGAUCGAGAAACCCGCGAUGUUGCGGCCAGCUGAGGGGCGAGCGGCGACAGAGGCUGCUCUGCGGAACAGGCGCCCGCAAAGUCACCCGGUGAAACAGGGGUGACACGGGGACACAGCAAGGCGGAGUACUGAACACCAG